CGCAUAGAGUAAGAGGGAAUAUGAAUAAGUUAGUAUUUUUAUGUUUACUAUCGUUCGGGCCAUUAAUGAGUUAUUCGGCCGAGCCUUCUCGUCUGUCUGUUUUCUGGACUGUUUUAGGUACUUGAUAGUUUAGUCAAAAAUGCUUGUAGUUUUGUCCACUAAACCUCCUCACAAAAAUGAAUCUUUGAUGAACAAAACAGUAUGGGAGUCUAAGAUUUCUGAAGCACUUAAAAGUACCAAAAUAUCGUAUUCGGAAUACUUCAAUCUGGUUGAAGCUGAAAACAGGUCUGUCGUGGUCGAUUACAUAGAGAGAGACGAAUCUCGAUCAUAUUUGAAGAUAUUUUUCUACGUACAGCAGAAUAACCUCUUCCAACCUUCUCCUUCUAUUGUUUACCAGCUCAAUCAAAUGCCGGUGGACUGGUUAGCAGUUUACUUGGGAAUGCCAGUCAUAGAAAGACCUAAAGUUUACGAUAUAGGCGCUUAUGAAAAAGAAGAUGAUUUUAUAUGGAUCAUUGGAAUAAUUGCUAUUUGUUUUCUUGGAAUAUUGCUGAUUUGUUGGUGCUUUAUAUUUCUAUACACAUUUGUUCUACAAGCCACUGCUAUGGUUAAAUGGUUACCGAGACCAAUGAUUAGCAAUUCUAAACAAAUAUUUUACAAAGCAGAGAAAUUACAGAGAGAAUUUGAAGAAAAGAAAGAUUCACAAAUACAAACCGAUGAUUUAGAAUGUUCGCAGUCAAAAAUAAGCAAAACUGAAAACUCAAUAUGUGAUGCGACAGUGUUGGAUUCCAAUUUCUCGGAAGCUCGACUUUCAACCGUUUCAGAAAUUAGUUUAGAAGAAUCAGUCAACCCCACUGUAAGUGAAUUAAAUGAAUCUGUUGUACCCUUGUCUGAAACACAAGUUCUAUUAUCGGAUGAAGAAGGUAAAUAUUCUAUUAUGAAUAUUUUUCUUAUCAAUUUACAAUCAGAUGGUAUUAUAAAUCAACAGUUGAAUGUAAUCGAAGUUAAUACGAAGAAUUCAAAGAAUGAAGUGAUUGAAGAAAAUGAAGGUGGUAAGUAAUAUUAUCAACAAACUGUCAUGUAAAUAGGCUAGUAAUCUUGAAUAUAUUUGGAACUAUCAUAACUAUAUGUAAACUAUACCUCAGAGUUGAAACUUAAGAAAAGUCUACCUGAUAUCAUUAACUUCAAUAUUUUGCUCGACUUUUCAUUCUUUAUUAUACGAUAUUAAAUUAAAAUAUUUCAAAAUGUAAUCGUAUAAAAAACAUUACUGUACACCGAGGAAUCUUUUAAAGAGAACCUUUAUGCACGUAACUUUCCGCAGUGUUGAACGUAUCUGAAAAUAGCCUCAUUUACCCAUAAGUGGGUCGAAACUGUUGGUUCCCCAGUCAAUUUUAGUUCAUGAAGAGAAUUGCUUUCACAAUUAUAUUUCGGUAAGAUGUUUAGCAUAGUUUUCCUUUAAUUUUAAAAUAGCACAUCUAAUUUUUUUUUCUAUAUGGUCAUUUUUACAUUAAUAUAUAUUAAAAUUAGCUACUGUUUCCCUUUAAAGAUUUGCUACAGGCAUCCGAAAUGGAUAAAACGCUUACUUUUGGAUCGUUCGAUAAUGUAAUACCUUUUGUGAUGUCUGUUCCACCACGUCCAGAAGCGAUAAAAUUAGCAAAUUUAUUAAACUCUCAGAAAAUAACAAAAACAUAAUUUUGAUGAAUGUUAUCUUUAUAUUAUUCAACCAGUCAUUGAAAUGGAUACAACUGUUGUCAUGAUACCAAUAUAUAAAGUCUUAUUUAUGGCUUAAAAGAAAACAAACAUAUUCAUGUUAUUUCACAAUUUUCGCUAUAGAAAAACAAAUUGUGUUUUUAUUAAUAAAACAUUAAAUGUUUAUGGUAUUUUACACCUUAAGAUAAAUAAGAUUUGAUUCAUAGUUGAAGAAGUGAGUCUUUAUUUACAUUCUGUCAAGGGUUAUAGCUUGAAUUAUCGAGAGAGUGAGUGAGUGAGUGAGUGAGU